CUUUUCAGCUGCAAAGAAAAGGUGAUAAAAAGGUUUUGGAUCCACAAAAGGUGCUCUUAGUCGUGAAGUGAAGGGGUUCUAGGGUGAAAAUGAGACAUUUGGCCCUAAAAAUGAGGCUUUGAUUCCUCAGAAAGGGUCUUUUCUGUGUGCCCAGAGCAUCCCAAAGGCCCUGCUGGCAGCUGGUCACAGGUUUGCUGUCUCAAAAGGGGCCUCAUGGGGCUGAAGAGCUGCUGGGGGAGACUGCUCUCGGCCGCUCUGAUUCAGAAGAGCUGGCCUCUGGAGGGAACCCUCUUCGAGACUCUGUCCCCAGUGCUACAGCGCCUGGCUGUCGUCGUGCAGGCUGGCAGCAUCCCAAAAGGACGCUCACUGCUGGCCAGAGUCAGAGGGGGCAGAUCCUUCCUCCGGGCACAUGGUGGGCAUUUGCCAAACCCUGCUGGCAACCUCCAGCCCCAAAUGCCCUCGGCACACAGAGCUGGGGCUGUGCUGGGAAGGCAGGCAGGGAUGAGGCCGCCCAAGGACAGGGACACCCCAGCACUAUUUGGGUCUGUAGGGGCCAGGCUCAGCCUGGUUUGGUGCUUGAGUCACAAGCUGGGUGCUGAUGUCAGUCGGGAAGGGGCUGUGUCAGGGCUGGUGCCCUGCCAGCGUCCCAGGCCGGGCUGGACGGGGUCGCAAGCCCCCUGGGGCCGGGGCAGCUGUCCCUGCCUGCGGCAGGGGGUGGCCAGGUGCCCUCUGAGGGUCCCUUCCAAGCCGGCAGUGCCGUGGGGCAGCGACGGCACAGCAGCGCUCUCCCCAGCACCCCGUCUGCACACGCUUGCUCUGCUUGCCCUGCGCCCCGAGCGCUGAUGCCACGCAGCCCCAGCCCCAUGCAUGCAGCCCCUGUGCCAGCAGGGUGCGGCCAUGAGGUCACAGCGCCGUGCUGUGACGCUGUGCCAGGCCACGGGCACCUCUCUGCGCCGGCCCCAACGGCGGCACUCACGCGGCGGUGGCAGCAUGGGGCGGAUGUGGGGGGCUGCGGCCCCCACCCGCCUCCUCCUCCUCCUCCUCGUGCUGGCAGGCCUGUGUGCCCGGGAUGCCUGGGCUAUGCCAAGGCGAGCGCUGGCAGCAGGUGACGAUGCGCGCGGCAGCGCUUACCCAGCUCCUCAGCCGGAUCCUGGAGUGGAGCUUCAGGGGCAUCCCAGCGGCCGUGCUGUUCCAGCUGCCCCGUGGAAUCCUGCUCCUGAGACUGGGUGGCACCCCACAGGUGAUGGCUCCGUGACGUCCGAGCAUGGUCCUGUCCUCGUGCCCCAGGGCGACCCCACAAGCGUGGCCGUAGGCGAUGGCUAUCCAGCUUCCCCGCUGGGUCCCGGCGCCGAGCUGCAGGGAGGUCACACGGGUCCUCGAAGAGCAACGUAUCAAGCUAAAAGAGGCAAAAGUUCCCAGAGGACCUCGGGAAUCCUGAAGGAAAUCCUGAAGGAACUGGAGGGAGCACAGGGGGCGGACGGAGAGGCUGUGCAGCAGGAGGCGUUUCCGAGGGGAAACACGCUGCCAGGCUCUGAGGGAGCGAGAGAGGCAGCGCAAGCGACCGUCCCGCCAGUGCUCUCGGAGCCCGGAGAAGCCCACCACACCAGGGUGUUUCAAUUUUUUCAAGAGAAGCCAGGUGCGGCUGGCGAGGGGACCGCGAGUGCCUCGGACGGUGCCGCCGUGCGCAAGCACUGCCUCGUGAGCGCGGCGGCAAUCGUGGGCUCCCUGCUCUUCGGCACGCUUCUGUGCUGCGGGCUCAUCCGGCUGCGCAGGAGAAGACAGCAGCGCCUCUCCGCAGCCUCGGAAGCCCGGGCACCGAGACGGGCCCGGCGCCGGCGGCCGCCACCUGGACGAGCACAACGCACCCGCCCGCCCCCGGCCACCUGGCUGCAGCACGACCAGCCCAGCGCCCUCCAGCCCCCGCAGCCGCCAUGGGCACCACCCCCCCGUCCCCCACCACCGUCCCGGCCCUCCUACGAGGGCUGGGGGCAGCCCCCCCGGCGUGCGGGGCAGCGGGGGGGUGAGGACUGGCAGCCGUCCAGCAGCUUUGCUGAGCGGCAUGCCUUCUCAGAGUAAAGCUCUGCACCCGAAUCGCCAGUGUCCGGGCUGUGCUUCGCCUCGCGCUAACUGGCCAGAGCAGCGAGAAGCUACAAGCAACCUGCGGACACCUUUCCGCCCGCUCCAGCCUCUUCUGCCGCCUGCCCCGAGCUCUGCGGGGGAACGGGCUCAGUCCCGAAUGCUCCUUCCCGGCCGCUCUCUUGCCCUGCUCCAGCAUGCGGUCCCCCCCAUGGCAUUGCAGGCCUUCCCAAAGUGGUCCUGCGUGGGCUGCCCACGGGCUGCAGGACUUGCAGAGCUGCUGCAGCAUGGGUCCGUGCCAUGGGGUCCAUCCUUCAGGAGCACACUGCUGCAGCGGGGGUCCUGCACAGGUGGCAGCUCCUGCCCUCCUGCUACCAAACCCUUGCCAUGAAAGAUGAGUAAAAGGGCGGCCAGGGGGUCAAGGUGACGUCAAAGACACCUCCUGCGUCGCACUCGUUGAUGGGCUGUAGGUGGAGAAGCUGCAGCAAAGCGGGACCCAUGGCCUCACCGGCUCCAAGGCUGGACCCCGUAGCUCUGCUCUUCAGACCGAUGACAUCUUCCCCAUUCCCAGGCCAGAAAAAGUCCCGAGGUGCAGACUCUGCGAGACCAGGAAAGGGGAGGCACCGCGAUAAACAGGCUUUUCCCAGUGCUGGCGGCCUUGGGGACACCAGACAAUUCCAGACAGGAGCUGGGGCUCUCUUCCGAGCAGCUGCGAACGAGGCUGUCCCUUUUCAGAUCCGCUUCCUUACCCAGCGGCACAACAGAGGCAGAACCUCUUCCUCGAGGUUUUCUGCUUCUUUCGCACUGUUUGGCUGGCUGUUCUUUGUCUCCUUGUCCUGGCCAGCCUGUUGUCCGGCGCCCCGUGGGCUGGUGACACAGCUCUCUGUCUCCUCAGGCUUUUCCUUAGGGCAUCAACAAGUCCUGAGCCCUGCUGGUUGGAUGGGUACGUUCAGCCCUGCAGCGAGGUCUGCCACACAGGGAAAUUUCUGAGCAGCAGCCCCCAAACUAGGUGCUGGAUCCCCGGUCACAGAAAAAGGGUAUGGCUUUUCCUAUGUUUCGAGCUUUGUCUCCCUUAUGCGGGGGUCUCGGUCCAGGCUCGCUGCUGGAGAGGCGACGGCUGAAGCCCUGUUGUUCAUGGGGUUCGUGAGCUGGUUCGGGCGUGCCACCAGCACGCAGAAGGACGGAGAAGAGCCCAGGGCCCUGCUGUGCCCCGCAGCGCUGUUUCAAAGGUGGCGUCCUUGCUGAUGGUGUUCCAGCUGUGCGGCUGCAGGAUCUCCUCCAGCCCCAGCUCCCACUUCCCGCAGAGCUCCAGGGGCCUGAGCAGCGCUACGGGCAAGUCCCAGCUGGUGUUCUGGGGGCAGGUUCUGGCAUGGCUGGGCAGCGUGAUGUGGAAACCCCUGUCUGCCAUUCUUCUUCUGCCCUGCUCGGCAGCCAGGCCCUGGAUGGCUGGCAGCUGGGAGGCUUCUGCCCAGCUGGGAAAUUCCUUCCUAUAGAGUGUCUGCAGCUUCGCACCUCA